AGUCUGGAGGAAACGGGCUGAAGGGGAGAAACAAGAGAACCGAGCCGACACUGUGACUCCCGAUGUCCGUAAAUUAACGUUUUCUUUUGUAUAUAUUUUAUUUCUUCCGCGAAGAAACCUCAAGUUUUUCUAUUUUUUCGAAAAAGCAACGCGUCUACCUCCGUUUUUAAGGAUUUUAAUCAACGUUUACAUCUUGUCCCUGCCGCAGGGCUCGUUUCGUACCUUUGCACUCGUCGAGGCGACCCCUACGCUGAGCGAUGUCCAGCCCGUGUCUGCUGUCCCGCAGAUGAUCCAUGACCACACCUUAUUGAUGCACUUUAGCACCUUUCCGGAGCCUUUCCACAGCCGUGAACCCCGCAGCUGAUGACCAAAGUGUGCGCCGCCACGCCUCCCCGCCGUCGCCCCGAGCCACGCGUCCCCCAGCCCCUCCCACAGCCUCGUGCCCCCUCAGGACGUUCAGGGAUGUUCCAGCGGUUCGCCAGCGCUCUGUUUGGGGACGACGUGGAGGAGCUGAGAUGCAGCCGAUCCGGAGACGGCAAGGAGGAAGAGGAGGACGAGGAAGACUGGAUCCUGGUCAAUUACCUGGCUGAAGCCUGCGCCGCUCAGUCCGUCGAGGAGGACGAGGAGGACCUGGUGAUGAUCCCCUCCCCCAUGGCCAGCCCCCCAAUCCGCUACGCCUCCUGCACCUCCCUCAACUCCACGGCUGACAACGACCCAGACGGCGGAGCGGAGGAGGAAGAGGACAACGAGGACGAAGAGGAGAGCGGGUUCCUCCGUCUUGACGCCUGCUCUCUGGAGGAGAGCUGGUUCGUCACCCCCCCGCCCUGCUUCACCGGCCGCGGUAGCCAGCCCGUUCUCCUGGAGACCAGCCCCCUGGAGAACCUGCUGAUCGAACACCCCAGCAUGUCCGUGUACGCCCACCGCAGCCCCCCCAGGCUGAGCCUCGACCCCCUGCCGCGCUCCCUCGACAUGGAACUGGGCUUGUUGCCAGUUGGAAAUGUGCCCGCCGCCCUGACGCCCUCCACUGGGAAGGAGAAGGGCAGACGCACUCUGGACGGCCAACGCCACAGGCCGGAGGUGGCGGUCGUUCAGCGUCGCUCCAGCCUCCACUCAGCCUGCUACGCUGCGGCACUCUCCGCCCGCGCCGGCCUCCUGCAUCAGCGGGCGGGUAACGCCACCCAACGCACCCAACCGCUGUCCCGCAACGCCCUGCGCCGCCUCAACCUGCUGCGCGCCCCGAAGGUCAGCGCCGUGCACCUGCACCAGCCCAGCCAAAGACACCUCAACUUCUGAGGCGUCCCGAUCACCUCCAUCAACCUCCAUCCUUCACGCCGUACGAGAAACUAACACUGGCCACCUCUGAAAUCAACACCAGCAACAUAUCAUCAGCCAUCAUCUACACCCCAGUCUGAUCUCAAACCUGAUUGGACGGUGAAAAGGGGCGGGUGAUGUUUUAAUUUUAAUUUAGCAGCUCAUGUGGCCUGUACGUGAAAGGUUCCUCGUCCAUCCUCCGUCGUAUUGAUUGAGAACUCCCCCCACUGGACCAGUUUGUGUCCCAUCACAGAGAAGAAGAGUCUCCUCUCUUCUUCUCUGUGAUCUUUACGGACAACUUGAUGUGUAGAAUCGAUGCUGUAGGUCACUUUACUCAGCGGCAGGUUCACAGCGUGGCAGGAUGCUCAGUCGCUUUGCUGACUGGCAACUUUUUGGGGGCAACUUGAGACAUUUGAGAUCCCUUGAACAUGAGCAGUGCAGCAGAGAGCCAUUUAAUCAGUGCAGGAGAGUUGCCCCACAGAGUUGCCCCACAGAGUUGCCCCACAGAGUUGCCCCACAGAGUUGCCAGCAGUGACGUCGUGCUCGUCAGUGAUCGGCAGGAAAGUGAUGAGUCCAAACUUUAAAGGAAAAGUCCCCUCAAAUAGUCCGACAGUUAUAACCAGCAGUCUGUAGUUGCUGUUGUUACUCUUUUAACUUGCGAGUUCCUACGUUUCCCAGAAUGCCUUUAGCCAACUGCCACAAGAUAACAGGUGGAUUUAAAGUUCCACUAAAUGAACGUGUGGCGUCCUCAUUAUGAGGAGUACUACUCACAGCUGUAUGAUACAGGAAGUCUGUGUUUACCGGGCAGGGAGGCUCUGAUGAAGAGAUUCUGUCAAGUUGCAUUAUGGGAAAUGUAGGAUGCAGCGUUUUUGGACUUUGAACCGUAGUCGUGACUAAAAGUCAGGAUGUCUCGACCUCUGAUGCUUCGAUAUCGGCCGUUUAUUUGAUCUCUCUGUUGUCAGCCCUCCACCUUUACGAUACUGAAUCACUUUGAAUAUAAAACAUUUGAAUCUUUUAGUUUUCAGUGUUUUUAUAAAGCAAAACAGAAACUAUUUAAUUUCCUUGCUGUAGCAACAACCUGCCGUGUGCAGCGAGAGCCUUGUACUGUAGCUGCUCUGUGAGUAUACAGAUUGAUUUGUAGUUCCCCUCACAGGGAGGGAUGAGACUUUUCCUCCAGUGAUCUGGUGCUUCUGAUUUCCUACGGCGUCACAUUGUUGUUAAAAGCGACGGCGCCUCUCGUGCGGCGGCGGGGGCUGAACCGGCCUCUGACUUCGUAAUUCAGUACUUUUCACUAUAUUGUUUUUGAAAAGAAGAAAGGUAAAAAUGACGGCUGAUUCUCACUAAACGCCUUGUUUUAACGGUAGCUUCGAGAGGAAUAGAAAUGUAAAACAAAAACAAAAAAAGUAUUUAAAAAACAAAAACUUCCAAAAUAUUUUUGAAAAUAAAAAAAUAAAUUACAUAUCAGUAUGAAGUUGGUAUAUAUGCGUAUAUGGAGUUAUCGCUUAGGUAUGUUUGAUUAUGUUAGUGUGCAAUCUGUUGCAUGGUCGUAGAGUUGUGUUGGUUUAGUUCUUACAUGAGUCUGCAGUCUACUUCUCAGGGUCGCAACCAAUCACCUUCACUCUUUAGGGAGGUCCAUCGAUCCAUCGAGGUGGAUCCUGUCGUCCUCUCAGACGUGUUUAUAUUUCACCUCACGUGGUUUUUAGAAAUGUACUUAAUGCCUUUUUUAACUUUUCUGUUUUCCUUGUUAACUUAGUUACAUUUUGCUUAGCUGUGAAAAUAUUUAAACCAAAAAAGCAGCAUAAUCUGUAACGUUUCACGAGUUUAUAAUUCUGACUUCUGUUUAAAGGGUUUGUUAAGGUUCUCGGCCCGGUGCGCUGUCACGUUUAACGUCUGCUGCUGGGAACGUGAAGCUCGGGCCGACAGAAGAAACCACAGACUGAAUCCUGUGGACGAAUGUUUCUGCCAGGAAAAGACUAAAUGUUAGGAAUAAUAACAGUUUUAUUAUGUACGGGGAGUCAAAAUGACCAGGUGGGAAGUCAGAAAUAUUACUUUGAGUGUCGAAAUAACGAGAUAAUCUGAAUUAUGGCCCGUAUUUAUCUCAUCAUUACGACUUAUCCGCUCAUAAUUGUGACAUUAAAAUCCAAAUAUUUGACUUAAUAUCUCAUGAUGUACUUAUUACCUAAUGUUGAAUUAUUGCAUCAUGUGUUUAGUUAACAUUAAGUCACUUUAAGGUGAUUUGGAUUGAAGUUUGUUUGUAUUAUUAUUCCUGACUUCUUGGCAUAAAUGAACUUCCAUAGAGUCUCACGUUGAAACAAAGUCUGCUCUAUUACUCAACACAGCUGAUUGAUUUUAUUAAGAACAAUUCAACCUCUUCACAUUCAACACAUCAACAGUAAAGCAGAAUUCUUUCAGGGAGGGGGUCCUGUGUGAAGAUACACAGAAGAAAGAGUUCGGGACAGAUUGAAUCCCUCGAUGGUUCCUGACUGGACAGGAUUAAAUAAUGGAACACGAUAGACGAGUGUUCCCUCUGGCGUGUCUCAGCUCCUCUCUUAUGUCUCCACGUCUCUGCUUUCAAGCUUUGCAAUCAUGAACGAUGUUAUUUUGUAUUUUAAAGACUGAAGGGAUCGGAGGAGACGCGGUGAUGCUCCGUCUCCUGCCGUCGGGAGCCUUCUGAUGUUUCUUUAGUUCUCGUCUCCAUCAUCAAACUAACAGGGAUUUGUAAUGCUUUUGUUCAAUGCCUUGAAAUGUGUGGAUCUUGUGCCUUCCAGGUUGAAAUGUUAUAAUGACGAUGCAUCAAUGAAGAACUUGAACUCCCCUUUUUAUUUUGUUUGUACGUCCUGAGUGGGCGUAAUGACUAAAACACAGAAACUAACUAUGCACCACUCGGUGGAAGCUCCGCCCGCCCACCUUUUUAUAACGACUCAACAAACCAGACGGAGCGACGUAGCAGAACCUCUUCUCCUGUUUAUUUUAAGAGAAAGUGCGAAGAAUAUUUUGUGGCAUUUUUAUUUCUCACCAAGUGUUAGACAUGUUCUGCUUUUGUUUCUGUUGUGUAGUUUACUGGAAUAAUACAGCACUUUGCCAAAAAGGAAAAAAAAGGUGUAGGAAUUUUAGGGUUAACUUUUUAUUUAUCGACAUAACUGGCCUCCAUCUUUUUAUUUUGGAUGUAUGACGGAUCAACUCACUCUUGUUCUGAUGUCAAGAAAAAAUGCUGAUUUUAAAAAGUGGGGUCAUCUGUUUUUGGACUGUAAUAGUUAAUACAUGUCUCGUACAUCUCUCAUUAGCCGAUAAUAAAUGUUUUCAUACACAGCU